CGUCGUGCCAUACAGCGUGCUCAGGCCUUCGCCUAUCGAUCGGUAGCAAUAAUGCUCUCCAACCAGCUGCCAAGUACCAACCAGCAGCUGCCUGGUGCCGUGCCGUCGUCAUUGCAGUCUGCUCUCCAGAUGAAUCCGCCCCCACCAAUGCCUAUCAAACAGUCAUCGCCAAACCAGGAAACGCCACCAACAUCGACCCCGACAGCAGGUGCUAAGCGAAGACGAAAAAACGAAGGUGGAAACGAGGAUGGACCACAAGGACCAAGCGAACCUCGUCGACUACGCCGAUCGCACGAAGCUUGUGCUAGAUGUAGAGGGAAGAAAAUUAAGUGCGAUUCAAAACAUCCACGAUGCACUGCCUGCGCUACUGCUGGUGUCGAGUGCAACCAAGAGGACCGUCACCGUCAAACACUGACCCCCAGAGGGUAUACUGAGCGCAUCGAGCUCCAGCUUGCACAAUGUGAAGCUCUACUGAAGCGACAUCUGCCUGGAUUUGCCUUGGAGAAUCUCGAGGAAUUCCUUGCGAGAGAUGGUAUCGACAUCGGCGGCCCAGCCACCGCAGCGUUUCAGCUGAGCUCAUCACCAUUGCGCAACUCGUUUCGUCCAGAACAGCCUGUUCCACCUGGUGGGCCGCCAAAGGGAUACCCUCUCUAUCCGCCCCCGCCCGGUAUGCUGCCUCCGCCGCCAGGUUAUCCGCCUCAUGGUAUGAUGCCGUAUCCGCCGCCGGGCCCGUAUCACCCCUCCCAGAUGCCGCCAAUGCCGGGUCCACCCUACAACCCCCAUAUCCACCCUGCAUUCCAGCAGCAUCCUCAGUAUCUAACGGCAGAGGUUGUCGAACAAGGGCGCACCGUCACAACUGAUAUCAAAGGUCAGGAUCCCAAAUCCAAUGACAUGUCCAACACCCAGUCUCUUGCCAAAAAUUUCGGUGUUUCCGCUGCGAUUGUCAGCGAUCUCAAGUUAGGCCCAACGCAUAUCGAUAGGGAGGACCUUGCCGUUGGGUCCAACGGCUUAAGCUCAGGCAGAGACCGUUCUAUUGGAGAGACCUCUGCUCCCCGUGAUACGGCAAACUGGCGUACAGUGUCCGUCAGACGCAACUCCAAUGCUUCUCUGAACUCACCUCGUCUUCCUCUCAUUUCCCGAAGCUCUGAUCCAUCCUCCAUCGAUGUAUGGCUGCCUAAAGACCGUGCGAUGGUCCAGCAGGUCGUAGACGUCUACUUCACCCGUCUCAAUGUGCACCGUCCUGUCUUCUUCCGCAAGGUGUUUGAAAAGGCGCUGGAUGACCUUUAUGCAGAGCGUACCAUCACCCACGAUCCGGGAUUCAUUUGUAGUCUAUACCUUGUGCUGGCACUGGGAACCCUAAGCGAGAUAUCUAACCGGUCUGCCAAACUUGAUGUAGAUGCCGACGAUCCCAUGAGCUCGGGUGCCACCAGACCCAAAAGCUUUGCUCCUGACUGGCCAGAGCACGAUGAAUUUUUUGAACGUGCGCUAACCGUAAAGCCCGAUCUCAGGGUAACUAUCUCCAGUCUGCAAGCGCUCAUACUCUUGCACUGGUAUUUGUAUACAGAACGUCAAGGACGUACCUUGUGGCGUCUAGUAGGAAGCCUUGUCCGUCUUGCCAUAGAGCUUGGACUUCACCACGACCCCACCACUCAGCUUAAUCCCGCUACUCAGAUGAAUCCUAACAGUCAACAGUGCAUCUUCUCUGAGGAAGAGAGCCAAUUGCGCAUUCGACUGUGGGGCAUUGUGUUAGUUCAUGACCGCGGAACAUCCCUUCUUCUCGGUCGUCCGCUGGCCAUCGCGCCUUCUGACGCCAAUACACCUCGUCCGUCUCGCAUGUCUUCGGCUGCGCGACUCUCUGGGUUGGGUGAGGACUUCAGCGAACACUUUGAUCUCUCCCACCCCGUCGCGGAAAUACAAGCCGAUAUCAUCAAUUCACUGUACUCCCCUUCGCGACAGAGUGGUGAUACUAUUAUGCGAAAUGCUACUCGAAUUAUCAAGAGCAUGGUCGAGUUCCGGCGCGGGCUACCGGACAAAUAUAAAUAUUAUUUCUCUGGUACGGAUGAUUGGCCAAUGGAGCGAAAAAGUAAACUCGUGCAAGAGAUUACUGAGGACGAGGGUCUGACGCUGCUCAAAAUUGGUAUAUCCCGAAUUCUUCUACUUCGAGCGCUAUUCAGCUUGAAGGAGCUCACGUAUGCCCAGCGCAGGAAGGCUCUGGUGGACGCUAUCAUCACGUCGCACAAUACGAUCAUAGUUCACAGUCAACUCAUUCGAUACCCAGAUAUUGCCUUCUUCACCUCACCUAUCCCACUCCACAUCGCUGCCAUGGUUAUCCUGUAUGGCCAUAUGUCAAAAUGUGAUAAGCUUCCUCGUCACACCGCCCUGGAGGAUGUAUGGCUUGCUUUGGACAUGCUUCCUCGAUUCCGCUGGCGAUGGGAGCGUAAAGAUGUCAACGGUGGCCAUCCUUUAAUCGCCAAGCUAGCUGAACGAGUCCUGGAAGCCAAUCUCCACCAAGUUGGGCCCGCGACUCAUCCUGUCUUAUUAAGUGAAGCCGACUGGGAUGAGGAUACUGUGCUAAAGAGCCCCAAUCUUACCAAGAGUCAGCAGAAUACCCCCACUCUCUCCACGGCGGCGUACGGGACUGGUCCCCAAAAUGGUGCGGCGUAUAGCCCACAACAACGGCAGAUGAACGGUGGUUCGAUGAAUGGGACCACGCCUCCGGGAAAAAACGCGCCUAUGCCUGAUUGCGGGCAUAUGUUCUACCCAUUCUAUCCGGAGGCGGGGCAAAGUGAAGUUAACAGUGCGGAGGGCCAUAAUCAUCAGGACUACAGCCAGCUCUUGGCCGUUGCUGCUGUACCUCCGUCACAGGACUCGUAUAUGUCCGAAGAGCGAGAUGGUGCUGUUCAAAAUGAACAAGGGAUGUGGAUACAGAAUAUGCCUCAGCAUCAUUCUCCUUCCCAUAGGAAUGGAUCUAUGUCGACAUAUGCGAUCCCGCCCCAGGCAUGAAUGUUAUCGUUUUCAAGGUAAUUUUGCGUUUACGUGUAAAUUGUAUGUCUUUAGUUUUUUUAUUCGUCAUAACCGGAUGGGCAUACACCCUCCUUUCCUGUUACAAUAUCUUUCUUAUCCAGUAUGUACCCCGCUAUCCCCUCUCAGCGCGAUGCUUGGAUGUAAUAUUAUGUUCAGGCGCGCUGACAUGUACCUUUGUUAUUCUGUCUUUGCCUGUACUGCCUAAAGUACUUACCAAUUAUGAUGCAGUUUGCCUUUGCGGUUGGGACAACCUAUAAGCCACGAGCCAAACAACAUUUAAACGAGGAUGUGCUAUUGAACAACGUAUGCCUACACACACUUCUACUUGUAAAACUACAUAUAAAU